AUGGAGUCGUCUCUACAACUCCCAGAUCACACAUGUCUUCCUUUCCGUGGCGUAGAGAACGACGAUAAAGCCUUUCGACCAUUAAACCCCGAAUCUAGAGAGAUACGAUGCGUUAUCCUGUUGCCUGGAUCUGGAGCCGACCCUAUCGCAUGCGAAUUAGUGUAUACCAGCAUUGAUAAAGAUAAUACCACCCGCGUUGAGUACGUUGCGCUAUCGUACUGUUGGGGGGACGUCGAAGAUACCGUGGAAAUCUCGUUGCAAGGCCCGACGACGAAGUCGUCCGAUACGGGUCAAGAGCCCAUCACCGCGCCCUUCCGGAUCACGCGACACCUCCACUCUGCACUUACUGCCUUGCGUAACGAGAGACGACAGUGUUUCUGGAUAGACGCGUUGUGUAUCAACCAGCAAGACCCGCAUGAGAAGACGCAUCAGGUUCAGUUCAUGGGCAACAUCUAUUCGUCGGCUGAGUCAGUUUUGGUGUGGCUAGGCCCAGAAGAUGGAUACAGCCGCUACCUGCUGAGAGCGUGGAGAGCACAUCUACAGCCUCUAGUCUACAGUUAUGACAGUAAAACGCUAGUCGACAAGAUUUACGAAGAACUGUGUAAGAGUACACACACUUUGUGGACUGAUUUGGAGCGAGACGAGGCACUCAGCGAACUUGCGCUCGACCUUGAUCAGGAGAGAUUGGAUGAGACGGCCUCACCCGACCGGUACAAGCAAGCACUAUGGGUUAGCUUCGACGGGCUUUUCAGUCGACCAUGGUGGAGCCGAAUUUGGGUUGUGCAGGAGGUCUAUUUGGCUCCUAUGGAUGAAGAAGGCGGUCGCAAGGUCGAGUUUCGAAUUGGAGACCACGUUUUACACUGGAAGGAAAUAAUGCUGAUAAACAUGACACUGCUUCAUAUCAUCAGACUACCGGAUGACUAUAACCCUGCUACACUUCCUUCCUGGGAUGAGAUCUGGAAUCGCUGGAAAUUUCUUAUCUUCAUGGGCGAGGCAAACAAGCAGUUCUCGUUGAGUCAACUACUCAAGCUGACAAGUGUAUUUCACGCUUCAGAUCCCCGGGAUAAACUCUUCGCCUUGCUUCUGCUGGCUACAGACACCAGAGAUUGCUUCCGGCAAGAGCCUCUUAUCAAUCCAGACUACACCAAACCAGCAAAAGCUGUCUUCGAUGACCUCAUGAUAUUUUGGGAGCUAAACCUUAAGACGCACGAGAUCCACUUUGACGAGGGAGGGGUCGUGUACCAGUAUAACUGGUUGAGUUAG